GCAGUUCAGUAAGGAAGUGAUAUCGAGGAAUCUGCGGGGCUUGUUACUACCAUAAUUCCGUCGACAGUGUCGAUCAUCGAUGGGUGCUGUCAAAGCGGCAAGCAUCAGGAUACGUUUGUAGCAAUGCCUGUCACAAUGCGGCGCGUUCAAACACUUUUACGUACUACAUUGUGUUCGAAGAACGCAUUAUUUUUACUGCAAGUGAUGACAGUCGUGCCAAGCUCACACGCAUCCAAGAGCUCCUCGUUUCUCAUUCAACUACAUGCGGAUAUGUGGCGUGAGUAUGAUGUUCCACUUAUUGAAGUCAGAGAGCGUAACCUCACUUUGAUACAGUCUUCCGUCGGUAAAAGGCGAGAACUAGGUCAACUUUACCGAGGGGUGCAUUUCGUCUGUCCGUUCGCUGGCCUACAACAUCAUUCUCCCUCGCUUCAGAGGUCCUAGCGCAAUGCACAGAUGCGGUGUUUACCUGAUCGCAAGUGUGCAAAAAUGUAGGACGUCAGCAACGUUGUGCAAGUCCGAGGCUAC